AGACGCCGGUAACCGAGGGGACACAGGGCGGGCCUGCCUGAGUCCCGGUCCAGGCCACGCACAGGCCGGGCAGAUCGAGGGCGGCGCGGGGACCAGCACCAGGCCCACUGUCCGAAUUGCCGCACUGUUUGGUCCCGCGUCCCUGCCCAGUGCGGCGCCGCCCGGGGACUCCCGACUCCAGCGACUUGCCGAUCUCACCCCUGCGCGGGCCGGGCAGAGUGCUCAACUCCGGGCUGGAGAAUCCCGAGGAUCGGAAGUAGUAGGAAAGAAAGUCUCCCUGGCAGCGCCGGGCCAGCAUCGCCUAGGAACCGGCAGACUGGGGAGGCAGCGCCGCGCGUGGAGCGCUCGGCCAGGACAGCCCUCGGCGGGUCAGCUGGAGGCGGAGGGAGGCGCGGCAGCCCGGACUCGACGUCGACGCCCGCGCCGCCCGCGAUGGGAAGUGCCUUAUAAAGCCGCGGCUUGCGCGGCAGGACAGACUCCUGGCGGCGCCGCCCUGAGCGCGGACCGCACGCAGCCGCUCCAGAGAGUGCAGGGAGCCGGGGCAUAUCUGCGGGGCACCAACCUCGCCCCACAAGGACUCUUAACCGCCGUGUGGGGGUUCGACCGCGUCCUAAGAACACUCCCCUCCCCCCCCCCCCGAUCGCCACUGUCCGGAACCACUCUGCCCAGGCGGACCCCGGGUGGGGGCCGAGGGCGCCCCCGGCGGCAGGGGUAUGCGCGGUCCGCGGCAUGGCCUCGGCGGUGUUUGAGGGCACGUCGCUCGUGAACAUGUUCGUGCGCGGCUGCUGGGUGAACGGGAUCCGCCGGCUCAUCGUCAGCCGGCGCGGCGACGAGGAGGAGUUCUUCGAGAUCCGCACCGAGUGGUCGGACCGCAGCGUGCUCUACUUGCACCGCAGCUUCGCAGACCUGGGUCGCCUGUGCAAGCGCCUCCGCGACGCCUUCCCCGAGGACCGGCCCGAGCUGGCCCGCGCGCCGCUGCGGCAAGGACUGCUUGCCAUCAAGGAAGCACACGACAUAGAGACCAGGCUCAACGAGGUUGAGAAACUGCUCGAGACAGUCAUCAGCAUGCCGUGUAAGUAUUCUAGGUCAGAGGUUGUACUCACCUUCUUUGAAAGAUCGCCUCUGGACCAGGUGUUAAAAAAUGAUAAUGUCCAUAAAAUUCAACCCAGCUUUCAAAGUCCUGUCAAAAUAUCAGAAAUCAUGAGGUCCAAUGGAUUUUGUUUGGCAAACACAGAGACAAUAGUCAUUGACCACAGCGUACCCAAUGGGAAGGACCAGCUCCUGGACGCGGACUCCACUGAGCAUCUGUUCGAGAACGGCAGCGAGUUCACCGCAGAGCUGGAGGAUGGCGAUGACCCGGCAGCUUAUGUCACCAACUUGUCCUAUUACCACCUGGUUCCGUUUGAGACAGACAUUUUGGACUGAGCCUCCCAUCGGGCCUUCUCUGCCUCAAUCCUUGACUGCAUGUCCUCAUGAUGUCCACUGUGUGGCCCCAAGGGCCAUAGCUGCUGCUCAGCCUGGGCCUCCCAGGGUCCUGAAGUUCACCAGGCCUGGAUGUCCUGAAAGCGGAGGCACAGGGGGUUCUUGAUGUCCUCAGGCUGUCCUCAGGCUGACUCCAGCGACAGGAGGCCACACCUCCUGUACCUCUGAGAGGCCUUCUACCUGCCCUCAGCCUGCCAGCUUGCCUCUUCUCCUGGGACACACUGUUCCUGCAGGCCAAGCUUCCUCUUGUUCUCAUUGCCUACUUGAGGGGAGCAUUCCACUUGGUCACAUGGUUCUGACUCCCCACGUUUCUCUCAUGUGUCAAAAGGCACAAAGCAUUUCAAGAGGAUUUUUGAUCAGUCACCGAGAUCUGGACCACAAGGGCAGGGGAUAGUAAGUGACUCGGGGCUUCCCUGAGAUGUGUGGCUUUUGUUUGUUUGCUUCACAUCUCCUCCCUGGAAGCGGGGUUUGGGGUCAUCUGGAAGGAGUGUUCGCAAAGGGUCAGCCCUGAAGGGGAGGGGGCGCCGGCUUCAGGAAGGGGAGAGUGUGCACCGUAAAGUGCAUACGAACCCAGCAAGUUUUUCUCCAGAGAAGAGUUCCCUCUCUCUGCCAGCACCCGAGCUCUUCUGCCAGGCUGUGAUACUGUUACCACCACCGAGGGUGCUUGAAGUUCCUCCCCUGGUGCACUCAGUGGCAUAAUUGCCCUGAUGAAUCAGGAAGGAUGGGAUGGGGAGGAAGAGAAGCUUACAGCUUGGACCACAGGAAGGUCUGGGUCCUGCGAGCUCGCCUCCUCACUGUGUCUACUAACGACCAGCACUCGCUAAUGUAAAUAAUAGUAAAUUAUUGAAAAUUCUAAUUCUUUUACACAGUCUGUUUUUAAUCUAUUUUAAUUAAAUAAACUCUAUUGUUCUACUUUGA